GCGGAUCUAGUCGGCCCGUCGCAGAGCCAUGGCGUCGUCUGCCCGAGGACGCCUCAGUGUGAUUCAGCGGCACUUGACAUCUCACAAUGCGGGCUCAGGACACCAAGAGGACACGAAAAGCUCUAAUGACAUUGCAGAUAAUGGCCGCGCCCAGGAAGAAGGGCAUGUCAGAGAGGCAAACACCGACGGGAAGGGGAGAAACGUGGCCUUCGUAGCGGCUUCGUGGCGGCCAACGUCGGGCAGCGACGAUGACGGAGAGGAGGCGGCGCUGAAGACUCUGCCCAAGAGACGGCAAGAACUGCUGAAAUGGAAUGGCUGGGGAUACAGAGACUCCAAGUUUACUGUACACAAGGAGAAGGAUUACUAUGUGGCCUUCACAGGAAACAGAUACAAGAUCGGGAACAUGGUGCUCCCACACUUUGCUCAAUGGGUGAAAGACACCUUAGGGGUAAACUUUGACGACUGCACGCCCCCACAGGAACCUCCCUUACCACACCAGUUUCCAGAGCCCAUCCUUCAGCAAGAUUUCAUGUCUGAGCUGGAGACCCUAGGGAUUGCACAUUCCCUUGACGGAGAAGAUCGUUUGUUCAGAGCACACGGGCACACCCUGGCGGAAAUUUUCACUCUGAGGGAGGGCAUGUUUCCCAGGAUUCCUGACCUAGUUGUGUGGCCAAAUAAUCACAGUGAAGUAGAGAAGCUUGUCAACAUGGCUUCCAGACACUGUGUGGUGCUGAUUCCAUUUGGGGGAGGAACAAGUGUAUCAGGAGCUCUUCUGUGCCCUGAGGAGGAGGGCAGAAUGAUUGUUUCGCUGGACACCUCUCAGAUGUGCCGUAUUCUGUGGGUGGACGAUAAGAACCUGACAGCCAGGAUAGAAUCUGGGAUCAUUGGCCAGGAUCUUGAGCGCCAACUUCAUGCACGAGGGUACACUGCAGGCCAUGAGCCUGAUUCCUAUGAAUUCUCUAGUCUUGGAGGCUGGGUUGCAACACGAGCCUCAGGAAUGAAGAAAAACAUAUACGGCAACAUUGAAGACCUUGUUGUUCAGGUGAAGGCUGUGACACCCAAAGGAACAGUAGAACGUUACACAGCAGGCCCAAGAGUCUCUGCAGGGCCUGAUGUUCAACACUUUAUCAUGGGCUCAGAGGGAACCCUUGGAGUGAUCACAGAAGUUACACUGAAGGUGCGUCCUCUGCCAGUGGUGCAGAGGUAUGGGUCUAUUGUAUUCCCAGAUUUUACAAGAGGCGUGAACUGCAUGCGUGAAGUUGCUCUUCAUCGGUGCCAGCCUGCUUCCAUUCGGUUAAUGGAUAAUGAACAGUUCAAAUUUGGUCAUGCACUUAAGCCUCCAACUGGAUUCAUUGGCCUUGUUAGUGAAGGAAUAAAGAAGAUGUAUAUAACUCGUAUUAGGGGCUUUGAUGUACAUACCAUGUGUGUAGCCACCCUUCUUUUUGAAGGCUCAGAGUAUGAGGUGGCAGCACAAGAGAAGAGGAUUUAUGACAUUGCCCUCAACAAUGGGGGCAUUCCAGCUGGGGAAGCUAAUGGCCAGAGAGGCUACAUGCUAACCUUUGUUAUUGCAUAUAUAAGGGAUCUUGCCUUUGAUUAUGGCAUAGUAGCAGAAUCCUUUGAAACCUCUGUGCCCUGGGAUCGUGUUCAAGCCCUUUGCCACAAUGUUAAGCAUCGGAUUACUUCAGAAUGCACAGAGAGAGGAAUCAAGCACUUCUUUGUGACAUGCCGUGUCACACAAACCUAUGAUGCGGGUGCUUGUGUCUAUUUCUAUUUUGCUUUCAACUACCGAGGCUUGUCUGAUCCUGUGCAUGUUUAUGAGGAAAUUGAGGGAAAUGCUCGUAAUGAAAUCCUAGCCUGUGGAGGCAGCAUCUCCCACCACCACGGUGUUGGGAAAGUCCGACGACAAUGGAUGAACCAGACUAUAUCUGAGCCUAGUCUAGGAGCUCUGAAGGCUGUCAAGGAGUAUUUUGAUCCUGAUAACAUAUUUGCAAAUGGAAACUUGCUUUAAUGUUCCAGAAGAAUUUUGGAUUUCCCUUAUUUUUCCAUUUCACCCCAUGAAGGAGCACAAUUUGCAUUAUCUUGUUUUUGUUGCAAAUAGCAAUGUGAUUUAUGUAAUAUUUGAUGUUAAUAUUCUUUUAUUUUGAUUUUAUUGAUCCAGAUUAUUAAUGAAUGUUGCCUUACACAGCACACUUUUAUGUAAAAAAAAUAUAUGACCAUUAUUGUUAUUGCAUUUUGGUAUAAGUGGUAAUGGAAAUUACUUAACAUACAAGAAGGUAAUUAAACAUUUUAAUAUGGAAUGCUUUUAAGUUUUGAAUAUUGUAUUAAUAUUGAACAUUAUGCUAUAUCCUUAGGUAUUCAGAGACUGUUGUCUGGACUUGAUCGUGUAGUGGUAGUUAGGCAAAUGCAGAUUAUAUGGAAUUAGACUUUGAAUGAAAGUAUGAAGAUGAGUGGUGUUAGAGUUAGAAUGAUUUUGUACAGAUGCUGUUCAUGGGUGCAUUUGUGAAUGAAUGUGACCAUUUUUAUUGAAUUUUAUGCAGAUACUGGUUAUGGAUAAUUUUAUCCAUGUUUAUGUAAUGCUUGGUUGUAUAGUUAGUUGUGUUGUGAAAGUGGUUUGGAAAUCUGAAAAAUUGUUUGGAAGUAGUGCGUAAACAAAACAAAACAAAAAAAUCUGAAUGGUGCAUAGUAAAACUUAAUAAUAUAUUUGUAAUAAUAAUACAAAUUACAUAUUUCAGAUUCCAUGAAUAUGAAAUAUUUACUGCAGAUUUUUGUCAAAUUCACAAAACUGAUAACAGCUUGACUUGAUAAUUGUUCUUUCAAAAGUGAAGUGCAUUGAGAUAACACAAAUUCAUGAUGUAAAGGAAAAAGGCAACAAACAUUUAAACUUUCGAAUAUGCCAUAACAGACAUACUAUACCUCAUAAAAACCAAUUGCAUUUUCUACUUGCCAGACAACUCUAUAUUUAGCAGUCGUGAUGACGUAUAUAUACUUACUGAUGCCGAGACCAAAAUAUCUAAUAAUGGCCAGAAAUAAUGUGUGUAACAUUUUUCUUUACAAACUGAUUAUAUGAUUCAGUAGGUUAAAUAUUUUCAGAAUAUUUUCAAAGUUGUGAUUAAACCUAGUCACAAAAUUCUACCAACAUGUAAUUACCUUUCAUCAUCUUAAAGUAUGCCCCCAUUUGGGAGUUUUCUUUAUCCACCUCUCCUUUCUUUUUCUUUCUGUUGAUCUUUUGUGUGCAGAUAUGUACUCAGAUUUGCAAUAAAAAAUAAACUUACUGGAAAUACA